GUGGCGCCGCAUUCCCGCGAGAUGAGAGUAAUUAGAAAGAGUAGUGGAGUUAGUUGUUACCGGCGCUGCGGGACUGGGCGAAGAGAAGGUCGGGACAGUGUUGGGCGGGAAUGGGCCUGUCUGGGCAGGAAGACCUCACAACUUCAGAAGAUGACUUCACCACAUCUCAAAAAAUCAAGGAGGUAAUGGUGCCCCCUGGGGAACAUCCGCUCCAGUACAAAUACACGUUCUGGUACUCUAGGAGAACCCCAUCCAGACCUGCAAGUACCCACAACUAUGAGCAGAAUAUCCGCCAGUUUGGAACAGUCGCAUCGGUGGAGCAGUUCUGGAGAAUCUACAGCCAUAUAAUACGUCCGGGGGAUCUCACAGGUUACAGCGACUUUCAUCUCUUCAAGGAUGGCAUCAAACCCAUGUGGGAGGACGAUGCCAAUAAGAAUGGCGGAAAGUGGAUCAUUCGCCUUCGAAAAGGCCUGGCUUCCCGAUUCUGGGAGAACAUCAUCUUGGCCAUGGUAGGGGAGCAGUUUAUGGUUGGGGAAGAGAUCUGCGGAGUGGUCGUAUCAAUCCGCUCCCAGGAGGAUAUCUUAUCUAUCUGGAACAAGACGGCCAAUGACCAGUUCAGCACAGUUAGAAUCCGGGACACACUAAGAAGAGUAUUGAAUUUGCCGCCCAAUACCAUAAUGGAGUACAAAACCCACACUGACAGCCUCAAGGAUAACUCCAGUUUCCGCAAUACAAAGAUCACUGUGUAGCACUCAGGAUCUUUCGCAUCACCAAAUGUGAACUGCUGUGCGACCGGUUUGUUGUUUUUGUUACUUACGUCCGUCCGUCCGGAAGCAAUGGCAGCCCCUUCCCCUGUAUUGUCUCUAUCAGAUAUCUUGUAGAAACACAAUAAAUUAUACAUAUUUUUUCA